AUGAAUUUCGCGGGCUUAUCUAGUACCGCCAGCUUCAACAGGUCGCUCGAUUACGCAAAUACUGAAUCUUCCGCCCGAAUCAGCCUCGCCUCGCACGCGCUUCGCCCCCGAAUCGACAUCGCGCCGAACGCGUCGCUCGCGGCGUACCUCCCGCUGUUCCACGCCCUCUCUCAGAUCAAGCAGCAGCAGUCGUCCGCGAUUUCCGCUAUUAAUUCCGCGUCGCGCGAUAAUAACGUGUGCAGCCCACGUAUCUCCAGCGUCAGCAACGGCACCAGCUCUCACAGCAAGACCAACCCGGCGAGUCGAGAAAUGCUGUCUUUUGCUGCGGGCUCUCGAAAACGCGCGAACAGCGAUACCGAGGUAGCUUGUGGCGCCAACGCUCUGCUCACGCUCCGCGUCGCCGCCGCGUCGUGCGCUGCGGAAGAGAGCUCCGACAACAACGCCGUUUCCGCCGACGCUCAAUUCUCGAGCCUCCGCUUCCUUUCGCCCCGGUCGCAAAACUACGCCGCGGCGCCGUCCGCGUCGCCCAACCGCAAUUUCGUGGAUUUAGACCUAAACGCUUCCCCCGACGCGCAGCACGAGGUGGAGCAGAAAAGCGGCGGAAGCGCCACGUGCACCGCCGGAUCCGCGGAGGCGGAAAAGCCACAAAAGCGGAAGCGCGGCGGGCAACAACCGAUCAAGACUUGCCCGAAAUGCGGGAAACAGUUUUCCACUGGGCAGGCGCUCGGCGGACACAUGCGGAAGCACUGGGACGGGCCUUUGAACGUGAAAACGAAGCAGCUCUUGGCGCAAACUGACGGAAAGAGCGCUAGCGAGACGUCGGAGCUUGUUAUAGCCGCUCGCGCGGCGAAACAGAGGAAGAUCAGCGAUAUUGGCGAUGUGAAAGGCUUGAAGAAUGUGAAGAGGGACCUUGACCUCUCCCUUAGUCUGUGA